AUGAUUGUGGUCCUGGCCCGGGGAAAGUGCGGUCUCUCCACAGGUGUCACUCGCUACCUGAUCGCCAUGGCAACGGCCGAUCUACUGGUCAUUGUUGUCGACCUGAUACUGAGGCAGAUUCCAAUUGCUCACUAUGAAGCAUUUAGGUUCCUGUUUCUUGCCCCAGUGUGUAAUAUCCACGUCGUGCUGGUUUACGUCACGGACUGUUCUGCCUGGUUCACCGUCACCUUCACCUUUGAUCGAUUUAUACGUGUUAGUGUCGAGCAGAGCCCGCAGGAGACUCGGGGUCCCAGCAGUGGGGAGAGUGGCAGAGACCAGGAGAUGGAGAGCCGCAGGAAAUCCCUCAUUUUACUGCUGGCCAUCUCAGGGAAUUUCAUCGUGUUGUGGGCGGUCAAUGCGAUAAAUGUUGUGUGGUUCAGACUGGCUGCAUUAUUACCUAGCUGGAACUAUCCAGCAUUUGCCAUCGGCGAACUAGGCUACAUGUUGCAGAUCCUGAGCAGCUGCACAAACACGGCUCUUUACGCCGUCACCCAGACUAAGUUCAGGCAGCAGUUCAAAGAAGUGGUGAAAUCUGCCGCUGCAGUGCCCACAGACAAUGACAAUAACGUGUGCGGUUACCUGUGCAGCAAACACGCCACUCCCUUACAAAUCGUGUCCUUCAACGUCGGCUACCAUAUGUGCGGCGGCGCUUUGAUUCAGCCGCGCUGGGGGGUGUCCGCAUCUCACUGUUACCAGUCGAACAUAAUGGUUCGUCUGGGCGAACAUGAGAUCACGGCUUCGGAGGGGUCGGAACAGUUAAUCGAAUCGGACAUGGUGAUCAGACAUCCCAAAUACGAUUACCACACCCUGGACAACGACAUCAUGCUGAUCAAACUGUCCCGGCCCGCCGCCAUGAACCGCAAUGUGGUCGCCGUUCCCCUGUCCACGCAGUGCGCCCAGACCGGCGACAUGUGUCUCAUCUCCGGCUGGAGCCGCGCCAUGGACCCGGCGGUUCGCUACUACAAUUGCUUGGUCUCCCCGGUUGUCCGUGACGCGGACUGUCGCGGUUCCUACCCGGGAAUUAAUACUGACAACAAGAUGUGUCUCGGCUACAUGGAGGGAGGCCGCAACAGCUGCGAGGCUAAUUCUGGUGGGCCAGUGGUGUGUAACGGAGUGCUCCAGGGGGUGGUGUCGUGGGGAUAUGCGUGUAUUAUGUGUGACUAUCCAGGAGUGUACACUCGCGUCUGCAACUACGUCACCUGGAUCGAUGACACCAUCGCGGCAAACUGA